GGGGAAGUCGGCACAGUUACCGGAGUGGCAGCAGGCCCGAUGACAUGUGGUCCGAGCGUCCGCGCCCUUCAGUCGACAUGUGGAGUCAGCAGAGGUCUGCCAGACGGCGCCGCCAGGCCUGGUAGGCGCGGCCGGGUCGAACUAAAACGGCCCUCUCUUCCUUCAGCAGUCCUGUUGCACGUCAAUCUUGAACUUGUCUUCCAAAGGGCGUGAUGGACGCCCAACAGCAAGACAUGGCUGACUAUUUCGACUUUCACGCGGCAGCCAUGCCCGAUGCCCCCCCUGCUAGACCUCAACCCGACCAUCUUGCCGCGCCUCGCUUUAUUGGCUCCUGUCUGCUACAUCCUCACGAUGACGGCUGCCUCUGCAAUGGAUCAACUGGUCCGUUAGAAGUCCCUGACCCUUUGGUUACCACGGCCGAAUGUUCUGCGGCUUAUGACAUGAACAAUGACUGGACCAUGAACUUCUCGAGUUAUAUUUCUCGAUACCAGAAGCCCGAGACGCCCUGCGAUUACUGCCGCCUGCGUCAGCUGGAAUGCUUCAAGACUUUCGAAGGCCAGACUGGAUGUUCGCCUUGCAAUGCCCUGUUCCGUACAUGUAGCUUCAGUAAGCCUGAACAGCUGCGUGGGCGGUCGAGGAAUGAGCUUGACACGUUACACUUAGUGCAGGAAGACACGGCCGAGGAGUUCGGUGGACUGACGGGCACUAAAACCCUUGCGGGCUAUAAAGCUGACGAGGAGCGCACAGCACGGAGAAGCUCGACUAGAUUUCCAAGGGCUGCCAUCAAGGUACUGACCGAUUGGAUCGUGAACCACAGUCACCACCCUUACCCUACCGAGGAAGAGAAAGAGGACUUGGGAAAGAGAACUGGUUUGACCGACAACCAGGUCAACAACUGGCUGGCUAAUGCGCGCCGAAGGAAGAAGCACAAGCCAAAAAGGGGCAUAUCGCCCAGCAUCUCGUCUCCAAAUGCCGCAUCUACCCCGGCAAUCGAUAUACCUGCUAGCAAAACAUGGACGGAUCUUAACCCCAUGGAGAGAUGGAUGGAUUCCCCACCUGAAAACGAACCUGCGCCUUUGACGGCCAUUGCUCAGGCCAUUAGGCAGCACACCCCACCAAGGGACAGCUGCUCCUCUGGGUACAAUAGUCGAAACGCAUCCACUGGGAGUUCAGGUCAGCCGUCGUUGCGGGCUCCGUCAACGGCAAGCUUGGAGAUUGCUUCUGUCAACUCCGGGCUUUCGAGCCAGGACUCCUCGUUCGGAUCCGUUUGGUCCUCUAACUCUCGCAAUUCGGGCAACUCCUUCGGUUCUUUUGGUUCUCUCAAUUCAUUGGGCAGCGGUAUACGGAAAGACAGACGCCGCCGGCGUCGACCGGAGGUCAGAGCCAAGCGCCAAGCUGACGAUGCUCGUGUAUUCCAGUGCACGUUCUGCACCGACACUUUUAAAAACAAGUACGACUGGUCCCGUCAUGAGAAGUCUCUACACCUCAGCUUAGAGAAAUGGAUAUGCGCUCCCCUUGGGCCGGUUAUUACAUGUUCUGCAUCAGGCCAGAAGAAGUGCGUUUUCUGCGACGCCAUUGAUCCCUCCCAGGAACACUUAGAAGACCACAACUGGUCUACUUGCGAAGAAAAAGGGCCUGAAGGCAGAACUUUUUACAGGAAAGAUCACCUAAGGCAACAUAUGCGGCUUAUGCACAAUUGCAAGCUGACCCAGACGAUGGAGUCCUGGAAAUCGGAAACGACUUAUAUCAGGUCUCGAUGCGGAUUUUGCCGGCAAACAUUUGAUACUUGGCAAGAUCGUGUAGAUCAUCUUGCGAAAGAAUUCCGCAAUGGUGCCAACAUGAAGGACUGGAAGGGUUGUCGGGGUUUCGAUCCUCAGGUUGCUCUGCUCAUCACGAACGCUAUGCCGCCAUAUUUGAUAGCGGGUGAAGCGAAGACGCCGAACCCAUUCAAAGCGUCGGAACCUUCUUCUCUGGCGUGGCAUACCACUCACAGCCCUGCUCCAGAAACAACGCGUUACGACGUCGCUGCCGGUGCUGGGUUUUUCCAAGCUGAUGUAGUCGAAAGGCAUCCUCAAGGGGUGACUGACCAAGGAGACCCCAUCAAUCCUUUGCGGACCAGCCGCAGUCUCCCACCCCAAGGCGCUACCUGCUGGGAGGUUCUUACUGUUCGUCUCGGUAGAUAUGCGAAACAACAGGUCUCUCUUGGUAUUCACCCGAGCGAUGCGAUGCUACAGCGCGAAGCUCGCAGGAUUUUAUUUAAUGAGGACGACGGGUGGGAGCAAACAGCCGCGGACAAUCCCGAGUGGUUAAAGCUAUUCAAGAAAGCACACGGGCUCACAUACACACCGGCAGAUUUCGAUCAAGCGGACGCUUUGGAGGAUCUAGGUAUGCUGGGAGAUUUGAGAGAUCAUCCAAUGUGUGGCGAUGAUUGGUACAACACCCAAACAAGCAUCCCUGCGACGGAGUGCGCAGACACAAUGGGCGGCACUCUCACCUUGUCCGAAGCGAACAUGAUGUUAGGUGGGCCGGCAACAUGUUGGGCUAACAUGGCAGCAAUGACAGCAACAGCAACGGCAGGUGGAGGGCUGGGCUUUGUUAGCGGAACCCCGGAUUUUGAGGGUUUGGACAUGAGAGUUCAUGACCUGAAUGGCUUUCCAGGGAUAGGCUAUGGUGGGAACAGCGCACCAUGAUUUUACGCGCGGAUAUUUGGGAGGAGUUAUGACUUACUGUUAAUGAUUUAGAAAGCUAGAGGGGUCUGGGGGUUCUGGAGUUAUACUGGCGAUAACUUUUUUUGUUUGUUAAUCAUGGUGUUUGAACUUGAUGCCGUCCGGG